AGAAUGUUUUGGAACCAUUUUCCAAAAUCUUGAGCUAUGGAAUUCAAAACAUCGUAUUAUCCCACAAGGUGUUAGUGGAUCUAUGUUAUUUGAAUAGCCGCGCGUUCUCAAAGGAACGUGACAAACUUCAACUGUGUAGGCAGAUGGUAUUUGAAUUGGUGCAAGCACUUAAGUUUAAAACUAAUAUUCCUGACAGCAAUCUUUUGUUGUUAGUUGGAAUAUUGCUACAGGACGCUGGUGGUGCUAUGCCACCGGGUGUAAUUGAAGACUUACCGGAAACUGCUCCGAAUUUCAGUUGUAACAUAGCGGAUUGUAUGCGACAGACGUAUUUGAAUGAUGUAAUGGAGUUUUUAGCUGAUUUCCACACACUCAGCAAGAUUAAAUUUCUUUUUACAUCACAACAGAAUUUAAAAAACGGAGGCAUCACGCUAGGCUUCAGUGAAGACACCCUAGGAGGAGUUUUGAAAGGAGCUGUUGCACAAUAUCUCGCUUUGGAAAUGUCCCGCGGUAAUUCCAGAGAUAAUAGAGCAGUGUCCAGAUAUCUACCAUGGUUAAACAAUGCGCCGUCGUCACUACAACAAGGGCCAAAAGAGUUUACGGAUUGUGUAGGCCAUAUGCGAUUAUUAUCAUGGCUUCUUAUGGGCUCAUUAACACACACUGCUUUAAUGGGUAAACGUGGAGGACACAUUGGACAUCACGGUGCGACGGUGCAAUAUCACCUUCAGCAUCCCGUAAGCACAGUAUCGCAGCCUGUCCCACAAGAAUCCAGUUGUCAUAUUGCAGAUCAUAUCCAAGUUAUAUUUGCCGGUUUUGCAGAGCAAUCCAAAACAUCCGUAUUGCAUAUGUCUUCAUUGUUCCAUGCUUUCACUCUUUGUCAGUUGUGGACCGUCUACUUGGAGCAAAUCGCGUGCGCAGCAGCGCCAUCUUCUGAAUCACACAACAUUUCGAUGGGUAUUUUGUUCGAAUUUUGGGCCAAAGUUACACCAUGCAUAUUACAGUUGGUGUCACAUUCAAAGUUUCAAUUUUCAGAGAGUGUAAGUCUUCAUUUUCUCAGCCUUCUGGAAGCAUUGAAGGAAACGCGUUCAACUGUACUGGCGAAACUGUUGCCUCUUUGGACACCUGUUCUGUCAUCAAACACACCGCUAUCCGGUACGCUACAUGUUCGUCUACAAAAUUGCCGCGACGCAGUUCCAAACGCUACCGAUCAGGAUCUACACGCCUCGGAAGCACUACUGAAAUGGCUCCAACAAUUACAGUUUAAAAUGGGCCAAAUAGAGUUGCAAUCAUCAACAGCAACGCAAUUCUAUUCUAUUUAAGAAGUGGUAGCAAUUAAAUUAAAUUUGUAGCUUGUAUUUUUAUUUGUGACGUUGUGGUAGUGAGUUCAGAUUGUUAUCAACCAUUUAAAUAAUCAAUAUAAUUUAAGCACGUACAGUUACUCCAAAAAAUAAGCAAAGGUGUAUCUCUUGGUUAUUUUUUAAAGCACCAGUUACGGCGGUAAGCUCCAAAUCGGAUUGACUUUUAAUUGGCGUUGACAGUGGCUCUGCAGCUCUUUAUUCCUAUGAUGAAAUCCAUAAGCAUGCUAAUAGAUCGAUUUCAUACAAAGUCAGGGUAACCAAAGAAGAAUACUAAGGCUAUGAACCAUUUGGCGAUUUUUUUUUUAACUUUUGGUUAAAAUUUUGCAGAUGGAAUGUUAUCGAUUAACCCUGCUAUCCGAGCAUGGUUAUUUCUGACAGACAAGAAGUUAAAUUUUGACGCUCAUGGCUCGAAAAUCGGUCGAUCGACAGCACGGGGAUUUUCGAACAUAAGAAAUUACUUUCGAAAUGUCACUUUUAACCACGAGUUAAAUUUAACUCGGCAAAUGGUUCACAGCCUAAGGCUCUGAACCAUUUGGUAGAUUUUUUUAAACUUUUGGUUAAAAUUUGACAGAUGGAAAGUUAUUGAUUAACUCUGCUAUCCGAGCGUGGUUAUUUGCCCCGAGCAACCCUUCCCACUUGUCUUGGAAUCUACCCUAUAAAUCAUCCGCAAAGCGGAACUACAGCAGGCCACGGGAGUUACUCAUUUACAUGCUAGGUUGUGGAACUACUCGACGCAGGCAAGUUCCUAAAUUUUGGACGAUUUUUUCUUCCUUCCAAGGUUGCGUGUGUAUGCGGUGCGGCCAGAGAGCAGGGGUGGGAACGAAGACAGAACUGCCACCCUCGUUUUACUUUCUUCCGCGUGCAUUGUCUUUCGAUGCGGUUGUUUGUUGAUAGGUUAGGGUCGGGGGUUAUUUGCCCAUAAAUUUGGCUUAUGCGACCGAUUCUUAUUUGUUCCAACCCAAGGCAUGAAGAAUUGAGAAUGUGUACAAGGAAGAUGUCCGUACAAUUAACUAUGUUACGGAAAUUAUAGCCAAAGUUAAACGAAAUUUCACGGCACGAUGAGCAGUUUGACAGUUGUAGGGCAGUGAAGCAGCUCUGUGUGGAAAAAUUACGCUAAUCCCACUAUUUUGGGUUGACGUUAACUAUAUGGAUCACCGAAUGUCGGUGAACUGUUUAUAUCUUCGUUCCGUGUGCUGUCAUCACCGAGGUCAUCACCCAUCGUAAAACGGUAGUGCUUUUGCACUAUUAUUGUGAGCCUAUCACCGGCAUUGACAGCAGCAGAGGAAUGAGGUGGUGGAGUUUUAUUAUUUUUUAGCAACGCCACUCCGUUACUAGGGUAGUGAUUUAUGUAGUUUUUCCCCGCAACCCACUCACAUCCAGUUAUGUUGAACAUAAGCAAACUGAAAUUCCUGAUUUUCAAACAUUAUUUAAAUGCAUAGUUAUAAAUCAAUCGCAGCAAGCGGUGAAAUCCUGAAUGCAGUUCUGUCUGACGGAACGAAAAUUCCCAUCACUCCUCCACCGCAUGCUUUGAUAAUGAAUUAGUUCCCGUCACGCGGUGUGUUGAUAAGUUGCCAACCAAAUCACAGCAAAUUCAAUACAUGCAAGAGAAAAAGUAUAACUGUUAAUAUUUAUCAAUCAACAUGGACAGUGCAGUGAUGACCCGUGACGUUUCAUCGGUUGCACACAUGUUCCUAUUACCACCGUGUAGUCAAAACAAAUAAAUCUUGGGGGAAUUUUUCAGAACGGUUCUAUCUGCGUGACAGUUUGUCACUAUUAGCUUCGCUCUAAGGUAAUUUGAUAUUUUGGUUGAGACCUAUUCUACAAGUUAAUGUAAUUUUGUGGUUCACGAUGCAUAGCUUACAUUUAAACUCUACCGUAAAGUAGGAACAGCUCAGACCGAAAGUAUCAACGACUGCAGAUAGGACCUUUUGAAAACACUGCCUUGAAAUUGGAUUAUGAAAUCGAUUGAUUGCAUAAAUUAAGAAGAAGACUCAUGCCGGAUUUCAUGCAAUUUGAUAGAGCAAUAUUACCUUAACCUCGUUGGCGAAAGCGAAGCGGGAUGGACUCCGCCACGUAUUAGUCCAUUUCGGCGCAUGUAUGGGCACAACGUAAACAAAUAAUCCAAUCCAAAAUUCCGCCCGUUCCAACAUGACUAGGUUUCCCCUUGCAUCUGACUAGGUUGGUUGCAUCAUAUUGUGCGACGGACGGACGCGUCGUCCUUAUCAGCCAGUUAUUACCAGUUGUAGGGGCCCGACACAGAAGAGUAGUGUACAGUUAACUGCUACUAAAUACUGUUGCCAACGCGCGAAAAGCACGUGCUAAUCACGAGUACUCGGGUCCAUAGGCAAUUAAAACUUGGCCUCUCGCCCGGCUUCCACUCACUUGCUAUAAAAAAUUGUUUUUUUAAGAAUCAUGAAAUCAUUGCAUUGAAUGAUAUUUUGUUAUUGU